AUUCGUUUGUGAACAGCCAGGAAUGGACCCUGAGUCGCUCGGUGCCUGAGCUGAAGGUGGGCAUUGUGGGGAACCUGUCCAGUGGCAAGUCGGCCCUUGUGCACCGCUACCUGACUGGCACCUACGUGCAGGAGGAGUCUCCAGAGGGUGGCAGAUUUAAGAAGGAGAUCGUAGUGGAUGGUCAGAGUUACUUGCUGCUGAUCCGAGAUGAAGGGGGUCCCCCCGAACUUCAGUUUGCUGCCUGGGUCGAUGCUGUGGUGUUUGUGUUCAGCCUGGAGGACGAGAUCAGCUUCCAGACAGUCUACAACUACUACCUGCGGCUCUGCAGCUACCGGAACACAGCGGAGGUGCCGAUGGUGCUGGUGGGCACGCAGGAUGCCAUCAGCGCCACGAACCCCCGGGUCAUUGACGAUUCUCGGGCGCGGAAGCUUUCCAACGAUUUGAAGCGCUGCACGUACUACGAGACCUGUGCCACCUACGGACUGAACGUGGAGAGAGUCUUCCAGGAUGUGGCUCAGAAGGUGGUGGCUCUACGGAAGAAACAGCAGCUUUCCAUCGGCCCCUGCAAGUCCCUGCCCAAUUCACCCAGCCAUUCGUCUGUCUCUGCGGCCUCCAUUCCUUCUGUUCACAUCAACCAGGCCACCAACGGUGGAGGAGCCUUCAGUGACUACUCCUCCUCCGUGCCCUCCACACCUAGCAUCAGCCAGCGGGAGCUGCGGAUCGAGACCAUCGCUGCCUCCAACACACCCACCCCCAUCCGCAAGCAGUCAAAGCGACGCUCCAACAUAUUCACGUCUCGAAAGGGCACGGACCCGGAGCGGGAGAAGAAGGUGCCAGAGUGUAAAGCGGACAGUAUCGGCAGCGGGCGGGCCAUUCCCAUGAAGCAGGGCAUUCUCCUCAAACGCAGCGGCAAGUCUCUCAACAAGGAGUGGAAGAAGAAGUACGUGACGCUGUGUGACAAUGGAGUCCUCACCUACCACCCCAGCCUGCAUGAUUACAUGCAGAAUGUCCAUGGGAAGGAAAUCGAUCUGCUGAGAACUACAGUGAAGGUACCGGGCAAGAGGCUACCCAGGGCGACAACGGCAGCAGCGCCCAGCGCUAGCCCCAAAGCCAACGGGCUUGCGAAGGAGCGGAGCAGCACGCAGCUGACCGGAGGCACAGGUGCUCCCCACUCGACCAGCAGUACCUCCCUGCACUCGGAGCGCUCCAUCAGCGGCAUCAACCUGGUGGGCUUCAGCUCAAAACCAGACGGCAUGCACCAGCGCUCCUACUCCGUCUCCAGCGCAGACCAGUGGAACGAGGCCGUGGCUAUCCCUGGCAGCUGCCCCAACCCCUCUAACGGUACUGCCGAUUCUCUCAGCUCCAGCCCGAACAUUUCCAGUGCUGCCAGCCCGAAGCUGGAGCCGCCUCCAUCGCCACAUGCGAACAGAAAGAAGCAUCGCAGGAAAAAGAGCACAGGGACAACUCGGCCUGACGGCCCCAGCACGGCAGCAGAAGAACCAGAUGAGCCGUUUGAGUUCAUUAUUGUGUCCCUGACGGGCCAGACGUGGCUUUUUGAGGCCUCAACGUCAGAGGAACGAGAGCUUUGGGUCCAGGCCAUUGAGAGCCAGAUCCUGGCCAGCCUGCAGGGCUGUGAGAGCAGCAAGAAUAAGGCUCGGCUGGGCAGCCAGAGCGAUGCACAGGCCAUGCAGGCCGUCCGCACCGCACGUGGGAACAGCUUCUGCGUGGACUGCGACGCACCAAAUCCGGACUGGGCAAGUCUGAACCUGGGCGCCCUCAUGUGCAUCGAGUGCUCUGGGAUCCAUCGCAACCUGGGCACCCACCUGUCCCGCGUGCGCUCCUUGGACCUGGACGACUGGCCCAGUGAGCUUCUCAUGGUCAUGACAGCCAUCGGCAACGCCCUGGCCAACGCCGUUUGGGAAGGAGCGGUGGAAGGCUACCCCAAGCCCACCCCUGAGAGCAGUCGGGAGGAGAAGGAGCGCUGGAUCCGGGCCAAGUACGAGCAGAAGCUCUUCCUGGCUCCACUGCCACAGUCGGACAUCCCGCUGGGGCAGCAGCUGCUUCGGGCUGUGGUGGAGGAUGACCUGCGCCUCGUGGUGACGCUUUUGGCCCACGGCACCAAGGAGGAGGUGAACGAAACCUAUGGGGAUGGAGACGGACGCACGGCACUGCAUCUCUCCUGCGCUAUGGCCAACGUCGUCUUCACACAGCUGCUCAUCUGGUACGGGGUGGACGUGAAGAGCCGGGACGCUCGGGGCCUGACCCCACUGGCCUACGCCCGGCGAGCCGGCAGCCAGGAGUGCAUUGACAUCCUGCUGCAGCAUGGGUGUCCCAGCGACAGCGCCGUCACCACGCUGACCCCCAGCCUGCCCCGCCGCAACACCAACGCCAACAACAACGCCUGCACCGCGGUGCCGGCUGAGCUCGGCCCCAGCCCCGGCGCUGUCUAGCCCUCUGCUCACCGCGUGGCCGCCUUCAAGGUCUGCUGGGGGACCGGGGCCACAGGAGCGGGUCUGAGAACAGCCCCCCCACCCCGCAGCACCCCUGUUCUGGCCGGGAGGAGGCCGGGGAGCCAGCAGCCGGUUCCUGCGGACUCACCCCACGCAGCUGGAGCGUGGGCUGCACAGACCCCGCGCUGUUGGCUUGCCAAAGGGCUCCCUCAUAGUCACUGGGAUGGGGGGGGGCUCCAGUACACCCCGUUCUCAUGACCGGUACAGGAGGAGGAGAGGCAGUUUCUCUGUGGCCCCCACCACACACACAUGUAGAUAAUACAGGGGCUGGGGGCAGUUUGGGUGUGUGGCCCUCCCCUGCAGCCAGGACUGGGGAGGGCGAUGGCUGCAGUUUGGGCGCUUCCCUCCUGCCCCUACAUCCCGUUCGGCCUUGCUAUGCACCCCUGGUGCAGUGGGGAGGCGGGGGGCAGCAGGAGCUGCGUGGAGAACCUCUCUGCUUCGGGCUGGUGCAGGGAGGGAUCUGCUCGCUGGUACUGCUCCCCACAUGCUGAUGCAAAGGGAGCUCCUCUCCCAUGUAGUCCCCGGACCUCUCCAGCCUCCCCGGUGACCUAGAGGAGGAAGAGGAGGGUCACCCCGGGAUCCCCAGCUAUGUCUGUCUGUCUGUAGAGUCACUGUCCUUCCAGGUUCAAGCCCCAAAGCCAUACACAGUGUCUCCAUCAGCGCAUCCCCGCUGGCUCCCGCUGCUGCCCAGGCGGGGCUGGUCUCCGGCUGAGCGAGAGGAGAGAGGAGGCCAGCGUCUCCCUUCGGUUUUAGGCCAAGCCUGCAGCUGAGCACUGGAACCCCGAGGCUUUGGACGCUGCUGUGGAACGUCUCUGUCACUUGUGUAUAAAAUGUACAUUGGAAAUAUUUAUAUGGACACUCUGUAUAUACUGUUUCUUUGCCAUGAGUUGCCCUGUGUGUGUUAAUCUGCAGCCAAGGAGAUAAAGGCCAAUAAAGCAACCCACCUCCUGCCAGGA